UCAAAAAAUUCAACACACCAGCAGUGUGAGAGACCUGAAAGUGGCACAUGGCAUGGCAGAGUGUGGCGAUGGAGACAGCAGCAAUGGGAGGCCGUACAGGGACCCAUGAGAGACUCUGGACCUGGCAGCACCAUGAGAGAGGCGGUACAGGGGCCCAUGGCUGAUUACGGGCCUGGUCAGCAGCUAUGGGAGGCCCGAUUCAGCCAGCACCCUAUGACAAAAAAUGCGAACACCACCAGCAGUGUGAGGAGACCUGAAAGUGGCACAUGGCAUGAGACACUGUGGACCUCUGGCAGCAGCAUGAGGAGGCGGGUACAGGGGCCCAUGGCAGAUUAGGGCCUGGCCAGCAGCUAUG